AAGCAGACGAUGGCAGAGUCCGUUUGGUAGAGCAACAUGCAAUAUUCUGGCUACUUUAUAUGGAUUUUCCUCUCCUCGUGGGGAAUAAUUGCGGGCAAUGAGAUGACUCUUCCUCAUGUGAUGAAGUACCAAACAGUGAUUCCUCAGAGGCUGAAGGAUUCAUCUCGCAUUAAUGAUGCCGCUACACAUCAGACAUACCCUGAUGUACUCCAGUACUCUCUGACGAUUAGAGGGAAAAACCAAACACUGCACCUGGAAAAGAACAAAGACCUUGUCGGGAAAAACUUCUCCGUGACAUACUAUUCUGAUCAGGGCACCCAAGUCACAUCUACUCCAGAUCUUAGGGUCCACUGCUACUACCAUGGGCACAUUGUGGGGGUAGAUGACUCCGCUGCCAGCGUGGGACUGUGCUCAGGAAUAAAGGGGUUUGUGCGUCACCAGGACCAAAUGUACCUCAUCGAACCUCUGGCUGGCGCUGAGGCAGGGAAGCAGAACGACGGACAGAUCUCCGUAGUUAACGGUGACGAGGUUCUUCAUGCUGUUUACAACUACAAACACCUGAGGAGGAAGAGGAGCUCCUGUUCCCAUGGAAACACAACCACAUACUAUGAUCACGGAUCUCGUCCGUAUGGACUGUUCCAGCUCGGCAGCCUGAAAAGCAGAGCCCAGACCAAAGACCGUACAGGAAAAUCCAAGACAGUGGAGCUGGUUGUGGUGGUCGACAACAAGGAGUAUAAGAAGUUUGGCAGCAAGAAGACAAUAGAGGCCAGAGCGCUUGAAAUAGCAAACCACGUGGACAAGCUGUAUCGCCCCAUGGGUGUUCGUGUGAUGCUGGUCGGUCUGGAUAUCUGGUCAUACAGAGAUCAGAUGGAGGUCAGCACUAACCCUGAGCUCACCCUCAGUCGCUUCUUGGAGUGGCGUCAGCGGAGCCUGUUGCCGAGGACAAAACACGACAAUGCACAGUUCAUCACAGGUGUGGAUUUUGAUGGUUCCACUGUCGGCUUAGCCAACACCAAUUCAAUGUGCACCUCUAACUCGGGAGCUGUCAAUGAGGACCAUAACAUUAACUCAAUAGGAGUGGCCUCAACUAUUGCUCAUGAGAUGGGUCACAACCUUGGCUUGUCCCAUGAUUCUGAAAACUGUGUCUGUGGCUCCUUAACAUCGAAAAAAGGCUGCAUCAUGGCUGAGAGUGUUGGCCUUGUGUAUCCAGAGCUGUUCAGCAGCUGCAGUCAGCAGCAACUCAGCAGGUUCUUGGAGGAGGUCAACCCUGCCUGUCUGCUGGAUACUCCCUCUACUGAUCGCAUCUAUGGAGGGCCAGUGUGUGGAAAUGCCUUCCUGGAGCCUGGAGAGGAGUGUGACUGUGGUACUGCGGAGGAGUGCAAGAAUACCUGCUGCAAUGCCACUACCUGCACACUUAAUGCAGGAGCCCAGUGUGCAGAGGGAGAGUGCUGCCACAACUGCCAACUGAAACCGACAGGCAGCGUCUGCCGACCAAAGACAGGAGGCUGUGACCUGGCAGAAUACUGCACCGGCUUCUCUGCCUCCUGUCCGACUGACUCCUACGCCCAGAAUGGCCUGUCUUGCAACCGUGGAAAAGGAUACUGCUACAAUGGACAGUGUCCUUCACGACAGGAACACUGCAAGAGACUUUGGGGACCAGAUGCAGAAGUAGCUCCAGAUGUUUGUUUCCACCAGCACGGAAACUGCAGAAAGACACUGUUUAGCCAGAGAUGUUCAAGCCGAGAUCAAUCUUGUGGGACACUCUUCUGCUCCGGAGGAUGGGAAUUUCCAGUGACAUCCAGGAAGUCUUUUUACAAAGUAGGAAAUGGAGACAUAUGCAAUGAGGCAACUAUGAACCCCGAGGACAACUACCCUGCAGAUCUGGGCAUUGUCCCUGUUGGUACUAAGUGUGGCAACAACAUGGUAUGCUACAAUCAACGGUGUCAAGACAUCAAAAACAUAAAAGUGUACGGAACAAAUGACUGCUCUGCCAAAUGCAAUAACCAUGGGGUUUGUAACCAUGAGAGACAGUGUCACUGCGACCCUGGCUGGGCCCCACCUUUCUGCGAUGUGGAGCAGUCAGAACUCCCUGAAGAGGCAAGUAUGCUGGUGCUUCUUGUUUCACUGAUGGUCGGCUUAUUUCUGCUAUCGGUCCUGGUUAUUGGUAGUUUGAUGUGCUGCAUCAAAAAAAUGCGACCUGCAAAGAGAUGCUUCCAAUCUACCUCAGGACAAACCAACCCGUUGUUUCGGUCAAGCGGUACACGAGGCAGCCCUCGUCUCGGGUCCACACACAUCAGUCUGCCUACAUUUGUGGAGUCUUCAGCCUCUCAAGUCUGUAAAUCUCUGUCCUCUGUCAGACCACAUACCCGAGCACUGAAGCCCAGCAGAGCAGCCCCAUUGCCCCCUAAGAAUUUGUCAGUUGUAUCUCAGCCAUCAAAGAUUGAACAGGUUCUAAGGCCGUUCAUGCAGCCUGUUUCAAGCAAGCCUAUCUAUUCUGAGAAUAAGCCACUACCUCCAUCCAGACCUCUGCCACCACUUGCAACCAAACUGAUCAUGAAGCCAAAGCCUCCGAUGCCUCCAGUGAAGCCAAAGCCCUCUGCAGUCCAGUCUCAACUGCCACACACUCAGCUGGUUGCAGGGAGAGCUGCCUUGAUGCCCCAAAGCAGGCCCAGAUGACAGUGGGAAUCAAUCUCCCAUGGUGUAAACAUUGCAAUCUUUUGACAGAGGACACUGUUGUUGACCCACCUAAGAAGGACAAUAAAUCCGGAGACGCAUGUAUGUUUUAAAGUCGAAACAAGAUCUACCGAAAGAUCAGAAACAAAUAAGUGACAGACCUUUUCUGGCAAUUAUGGUCUCCCUAAGGAUUACCGCCAUCUGUAUCUUGCUUAUGUAAGCCUGGUAUGUUGAUGACAAUCUGAAGCCGUGAUUGACAGAUUCAUCUUGUGUGCUUUAAAAAUGGGAAACGGCUAUUCUGCCUUGAUGAUGUUUUUUU